AUGCCAAUUAAGUCGCGCUGGACGAUCGAUAUUCCAAGAUGCUCCCUUCCAACCUUUCUCUUCGGUUCUUCCGCCAAUCUUCCUCAUGCCCCCAAUAACCCGGACAAAGUCUAUCUUGCCGAAGCUGCCCGUCCCGGGACACACUUCCUCACACGUGCAUCCUUCCAGCUAUGGUGUCAACGAUUCGCUCUGGGACUUCGGGAGUCUGGGUGGUUUCAUCCGGGUGACCGUCUUCUUCUCUUCAGCCCUAACGAUAUAUUCGUGCCGGUCAUUUUCAUGGGGACAAUCAUGGCUGGAGGCAUCUUCACGGGAGCCAAUCCAACGUUUACCUCUCGAGAGCUGGCUUACCAGUUGCGAGACUCUGGGGCCACGCUGAUACUUUGUCACAACUCUGCCCUUCAGACCGGACUACAAGCAGCCAAAGAGGCACGUCUGGAUUUGUCACGGGUCUUUGUCUUCGACAGUGCGGUAUAUGAUGGCUCUGGGUCAGGUGUGGCCGGUGCUGCCUACUGGGGUGAUCUCAUUUCUGCAAACGCCGAGAAAGCCAAACACUUUGUCUGGGACGAUUUGACCGGCCCAGGCGAAUCUGACCGCAUCCUCGCGCUCAACUACUCGUCAGGAACUACUGGCUUUCCCAAAGGAGUUGAGAUCAGCCACCUCAAUUACAUUUCUAAUACUAUGCAGACUGUGUAUGCAAUGCAGUUGCACCCGGACUACGAAAUGAGAAAGGCGACGGGCAUCUCGCUAGCAUACCUCCCUCUCUAUCAUGCAUAUGGUCAAACGGUUUACAUUGCCAGCUAUUUCCACCAUGAACGAACAGUACUGGUAAUGGCCAAGUUCGACUUCGUUCAAAUGCUCGAGUACGUCCAAAAGUACAAGGUUACGGAUCUCCAUCUUGUACCGCCAAUUGCUUUGGCACUAGCGAAGCACCCGAUUGUUGACAAGUAUGACUUGAGAACGGUCAACUUCAUUGGGUGCGGAUCUGCCCCUCUUGGGAGAGAUAUUGCAGAACAAGUUGAGCGAAGAUUGAAUCGGAAGCGAAAAGAGGAAGAGAUGCUGAAUAUGAAACAAGGUUGGGGUAUGACCGAAACCACAUGCUCCCUUCUUUUCCCGUACAUCAAUGGCGUGGUCAAUGAUAACUCAGUUGGCGAGCCCCUUGCGGGCACUGAGGCCAUGAUUGUGGACGAACAUACUGGCAAAGAAAUCACUGCUCGAGGUCCCGAAGCUCGAGGAGAAUUGUGGUGUCGGGGGUUAAAUAUCAUGAAAGGCUACUGGAAGAAUCCCCAGGCCACAGCAGAGACCCUCACACCCGACGGAUGGCUCAAAACUGGCGAUAUCGCUUAUGUCACACUUGCCGGAGAGUUCGUGAUUGUCGAUCGACUUAAGGAACUCAUUAAGGUCAAGGGCCAUCAGGUUGCCCCUGCAGAGCUUGAGGCAUUGCUUUUAGAGCAUCCCGCCAUCAAUGAUGCUGCGGUCAUUGGCAUACCGACGCCGGAUGGCGACGAGUCCCCUCAUGCUUUCAUAGUACGCGAGCCCUCCAAAGCGGGUAAUCUAAUGACUGCAAUCGAAAUACAAAAAUUUGUUGAGGCAAAGGUGGCUAGAUACAAGCGCUUGUCGGGUGGGGCGACAUUCGUUGAGGAGAUUCCACGAAAUCCAAGCGGGAAGAUUCUGAGAAGACAGCUACGCGAUCGAUAUGUGUCGAAGAAAGGAUACAGUGCGCGGUUAUAG